AACCUACACAUAUAUGAACUCCAAAGGUAAGGACAUGGAAGAGAAGGAAGCCAGAGAAAUUCGAUACCGGGGUGUGCGGAGGCGGCCAUGGGGCAAGUAUGCAGCGGAGAUUCGUGACACAAAUAGGCACAGCGCUCGUGUUUGGCUUGGGACUUUUAGCACAGCUGAAGAGGCAGCUAGAGCAUAUGACAGAGCGGCUUAUGCCAUGAGGGGUGGCUUAGCCAUUUUGAACUUUCCUAAUGAGUACCCUUCGGCAAGUGGCGGUUCUUCAUCGGCAUCGGCUAAUUUUUUAUCUUCUUCGUCUGCAAUGCCUGGGACUAUGCAGGGGCGAGCUGGUGGUGAGCAAAAUGAAGUUCUUGUGUUAGAGUAUUUGGAUGAUAAGUUGCUAGAGGAACUGCUUGAUUGUGAUCACCAAAAGAAGAACCAAAAAUAAUGAGAUUGAUUAUUAUCUCUAUCUUAAUAAGCAGUUACCCACAUCACGUCAAUAUGAUGCUUCUUAUCUUUUUGGUUGAUAUAAGUAGAUUCUGAUCAUCAACUUUUGCAUGCAUUUACUUGUCAAUGAAUAAUAAAAUAAGUCGGUAAGCCUUUCAAGAUAUGGUGAUUUUCUACGUACCAAAGUAUAUCAUCUACUUACGGCUAGGGUUGUUUGUCCCUUCCUCGUUGUAUCGAUUCUCUUCUAUAAAUAAAUUUGCCUCUUUCUGUCCA